UCUUUUUUUUCAAAAUCGUAUAUACAGUGUUGUACGGAGAUCAAAAUGAAUUGUCUGGAUAGUAAACGUUCAACCGAAGCGUCCACUUCUGAAGGAUUAGAUCAAUUUAAGGCAAAUGAUGAUGAAUCUACUGCGAACGCCAAAGGUGAUUUCGAUGCCAAUGUUUCCACAUUACAAGAUAGUCAUACUCUAAGUAAUAGCCGACUUAUGGCGUUUAAACUGGAAUGGAAUGGCUGGGCUAGUAGAACGACAUUUCAUGGAAUUGUAAAUAUUGUUGACAAUGGAUUGCUGUUGAUUCGAAGAAUAGUUUGGUUUGUAUUAAUCGUGGCAGGUGUUUACGGCCUAGUGUCAAAUACUGUUAGUCAAACUCAGCGCUUUUUGGAAUACAGAACCCUCACACAAGACACAAUAUUCUAUGACCCUGAUCUAAAACUACCCGCUGUCACCGUUUGCAGUAUGAACACAUUAGAUAGCACUUCUUUUACCGACAAAAGAGACUUGGUGAUCUUACGAAACUUGUACGUAGGUAUGUCCAACAGAUCCGCUCUGCUAGAGUAUCCUGGUGAAGAAUAUGUUAAAAACGUCAGCCUUAAGGAAUUAUUUAGGAGCGGAUUCAUGCCAAGCAAUAAAACAUUCCGUUCAUGUUUUCGACCUAGGGGCGGCACCUUAGUUGACUGUGUUCCAGAGAUUCGAUUAACAAACUUGGGCCAUUGCCACACCAUGUACGAUGUUGAAGCUCCCAAAUCUACUUUUGUGCUUGCUGACUCGACUUUAAGCGACAUCUUUCUUUUACUCUGGACCAAUCAAGAUGACUACUUUGUUUCAUAUGGAAUGGCGGCUGGCUUUAAGCACAAGUACAUGCCACCUCCAGUUCGAGCUUUUGGAGACCGAGUAUGCGUUACCUUCGAAGAUUUGCCGCAUAAUUAUAGCAUCAGUCAAUGCUUACGGGAAUUCUCCUACGUGAGCCAAUCAAAGGAGGCACAUUGUGACUGCCCAUUUUCGUGUAACGAGAAUAUAUACGUCACGAAACUAACGUCGACCUAUUUUCCCUCCGACAACUAUCUGAAGAUGAUGUACCCAAACCUGAGUCAUUUAGAAGAACUAGCUAGGUCGUACAGAGCCAACCUCAUGCAGGUCCAAAUAUCAUUUGAAUGUCUACCACCGUGA